CCCUAUUAUGCCACCCAAACCUGUCAUCGAUGUCAGCGCCUCUUCAGUAAGCGUUCUCUUGAGACAGACAUGUCACUUAUUUUCACUAGCCAACUGACCCUCCGCUUUUUUCAAGGUAGUCGAUCUAAAGGCACAGUUGGCCCAGCAGUCGGAACACUUUGAACGCAUGCGCUCAGGAGCCAAGCAUGGUCCUGCAGCACCACAGCGUAGUGAUAAGAAACCAACUGUGUGGGCAAGGCAGAACAAAGGCAUUGCAGCACGAUCCAAGCGGGAUGAAGAGGUGCAUUUGGAGGAAGUCGAAAGCCACUCACUUGAAAGAAGCCGCCAAGCACUCGAGAGAAAAGCAAAGAUCUACGAAGCCAUGCGAAAUCGGAUACGACGAACCAGCGAUGACGAAGACGACGACGAAGAUAAAGAAGGGCUCAUUGACUUUGAUCGCAAGUACAUUCUGGAGCGAGAACUCGAGGAAACACAAGGAAAACGAAGACGCCGUUCGUCCGUCGACGAUCGUGACCGACGGAGCAGACGCUACAGUGACGGUGAAGACGACGACGAUGAUCCUUGGGUCGAGCAUGUCGAUGAGUUUGGUCGUACACGUAUUAUACGACGUAGCGAAAUUCCUUCUCGAUCACCUUCCCGGUCGCCAUCUCGUUCUCCUUCACCUGAACAUGUCUUUAUACCUCGCGAUCCCGAUCAACUGGCUGAACGGGACAUGCCUCAUUACGAUGCCACGCAUGAAAUCCGAACAAAGGGUGUGGGUUUCUAUGCAUUUGCCAAAGACGAGGAAGAGAGAGAAGAACAGAUGCGACGAUUAAAUCAACUACGUGAAGAAACCGAACAAGCACGGCAAAACACUCAGUCCGUCGCGGAACGACGGAAAGCCGUGCUUUCCAAAAAUGCUCAAAGGAUCCAUGCUCGAAGAGCUGCCAUGCAGGCUAAACGACAAAAGCCCUCUACCAAUGAUUUACCCAGUGCUCCAAUUGAUGAAGCCAACGUCACCGAUUUCCUACGCUCCGUCCGCCAGAAAGUUGAAAAAUAAAAAAAGCGAACCUCAUCUUCUGCAUUUGUAACACAAUUCUCGACGAGUUCGAUUCUCAGUGAUUCUGCUUU